AUGUCUGUGAAACCCAUUGACAACUACAUCACGAACAGUGUUCGCCUUUUUGAGGUGAAUCCAUCUCAAACGCUCUUCUCCAUAUCGUAUAAACCACCAACACAGAAGACAGACACCAAAGUGUCCUUUAGAACUCAUAACUCGCAUUUAUCCUUGAACUAUAAAUUUACUACUAAUAAGAGUAAAGAUGUUUCAAGAUUACUUAGUGCAUUAGGCCCACGAGGCGUAUCUAUAACUCCAGGUAAAAUUGAAAAAAUAGCACAGUCGAAGAAGAAAAAUAACAAAAUAAAAGAAUCGAGUAAAAAAAUAAAAGGUAAGAGCAUCCAAGACAUUGUUGGUUUAGCCACCUUAAUUGUCAACACAGAUGUCGAAAAGAGCGAUCCUGCGGCUAAGAAAACUGCUACAGAACCGAAGCAAAAAGCUAAUGCUGUGCAAAAUAACAAUGGUAACUCUGCAGCUUCAAAAAAGAAAAAAAAUAAAAACAAGGGCAAAAAAAAGCGUUAA